AUGGCUUCAAUUUCGAAGCUCGGAAGCUCCGCCUUCGCCGCUACGGUGUCAUCCAAGUCGUCUUCGUCCGCACUGUGCUCCGAGGGGAAGCUCUCUUUCCGGUUCCAGAGAGAGUCUUCGAUCAGAGGCCGUGUUCCGGUUCUCAGCGUCUCCGUCUGCGGAGGCCGCCCCGGGAGGAGACCGCUGUCGUACGUCUUUCUCUCCCUCGCUAUCUUUCCUAUUCCCUCCCCGUUAGUCGCCGGCGGCGGCGGGGGAUCGCGAAACAUGGUUAUGAUGCUUUGCGAUGAGGAAAUGGUUCGCAAAACAUUGUUGCUCGCAGUCUCUGUUAACUGAAUCACCGAGCUGACUCUUUUUCCGAAUAGAGUUUUUCGACUAUGAUUCUCUUUGGAUGAAAGUAUCUAUUUAUUGGCGCUGCGUUGUCCCCUUUAUUGUCGUUUUGUUGCGUCACGAUCCGUUUGAUUUUUCUGUCGACAUGUCGUGUUCCGUCUUUUUCCUUAGAUCUACUUGAACUCUCGUAUAAUCCGUCAGUUGGGACUUUCAGUUUCCAAAAUCUUUUUCCUUUUUUGCUUGUGGAAUUUUUUUGUUAUGCACGUCGCCAUCAACUAUAGGUUGGUGUUGACUUAAGAUAUAUCAUUGUCUAGUCUAGAUACACUUUUGAAGUAUCUUAAUUUCUUGAGUCGGAAUACUGGCCAAUUUUGGUCACCUAUUUCUUCUGAAAUUGCUUGCGUAUUAGUUACCGCAUUUUUCUUCUGUAUGAAUUUUAUGGAAAAUUUCCUGCUUCUUUUGUGUUAGUUAUUGCAUUUUUCUCGUUGAAGUCGCUUCUGCUGUUGAGGGGGUGGUGCUUGUGCUCGAACUUUCGUUUGUGUUGUGCAUGUUAAGAUGUGCUCCUACUUCUUGCCUCUAACUCUCUUGAUCAUUUUUCUCAAUUAGGUGUCGUUGAAACCAGUUAAUUGUUGUGAUGCUAUCUUGAUCAGUGUGCUCGAACUAAUGUACCAACAGUUUUUUACGAUUCAUGCAGUGAAACCAGCUGAUCUUGUUUUAAACUGUUUCAAUAGUGGACUAUGAAACAAUAUUUUAGUCUUUGAUAUGACUUUGUCCAACAUGAAUAAAUUGCGUUUCAAAACAUUACAGUAUCAAUCCUCAAUUUUUACAGUUUUCAUGCAAACUGAUAAUCACGUGAAGACAGUUUGAGGGGCCCAGUUGGGGAAAGUGUGAUAGGGUUAUUUUAUUUUUCAUCUCAUGUUUUGUUGGUGCUUCGUAGUGUAGGAGGCAAGUUUCUAGGAUUUGAUGUCUACGAAAUUCAAACAUUUAGGGGCUGAAUUUUUGGGUAUGAAAUGCCUUCCUAGUUCCCUCUUCAACGUCUAUAUGCUGCAGUUGAUGGUGAGGAGGCUGCGUCUUUGUAUUUCUCCUUUCCUUCCACUUGGAUGCCCUUAUCAAGAUCCAAAAUUCUUGAAAUAGAUUGUUGUUUGAGAUUAAUUGAUCGUUCCUUCCUUUUCUCUGCUACCAUUAAAUUUUUCCUUUCUUUUCAGGGUAAAAGUUUCACUGGCAGACGGCAAUGGGGCACAACUGAAGAAGACAUCGCUGCAUGAUCUGUAUAAAAAGGAGGGCCAAUCGCCUUGGUAUGACAAUCUCUGCCGCCCGGUCACAGAUUUGCUGCCAUUGAUAGGUAGCGGCGUUAGGGGAGUCACCAGCAAUCCAACUGUAAGAUUUUACUUCCUGGUCUCUUGAACUAUAUGAAUUCCCUUGUGCUCUAUCUAUGUGCAAUGCUGGGAGCAGUAUCUGAAUGUGUGUAUGUGAUUCUCUUGGUGCAGAUUUUUCAGAAAGCUAUCUCAUCGUCAAAUGCCUAUGAUGACCAAUUUAGGUAUUCUGAGAUCCUUUCUCGUUAUCAUAAGAUUGCCUGCCUAGUUUAAAGGUCUUAAUUUGAGAAAGAAACAGGAUUUUCUUAGCUCUUCAUUCGUUCUUAAUCUUAUCUUCGCAAUGACCCCCGUAUUAUCUUUUCAUUUCCGCGUGUCCUUCCUGUCUACCUUAUUCACGCACACGCACACAGAUAGGAUUUUGAUUUAUGCAUGUUCAUGUUCACAAAGGGUUGACAUGGUAGGAAGUCUUUUUAGUACACGCAAGCGCUGGUUUCUUGAUAUUGAAUGCGACUGGAAUCCAUUUGUUUACGGAAUUUCCUUUAUAAAAUGCUCGAUUAAAUACAUUCGCCCUAGUUGCUCCUCUGUGUGUCCAUAUUCUUUUUAUUCAUGGUGUUCCUGGAUGUUUCAGGGAGCUCAUACUAGCAGGAAAAGAUGUCGAAAGUGCAUACUGGGAACUUGUGAUUAAGGACAUUCAAGAUGCAUGCAAGCUUUUCGAGUCAAUCUAUGAUGAGACCGAUGCAGGUGAUGGCUAUGUGUCUGUUGAGGUCUCUCCUAGACUUGCCCGUGAAACUGAGGGGACCAUCGAUGCUGCAAAGUGGCUUCACAAGGUAGUGGACCGCCCAAAUGUAUACAUAAAGAUCCCCGCUACAGCAGAAUGUGUUCCUUCAAUCAAAGAAGUUAUUUCACUUGGCAUCAGCGUCAAUGUAACGGUGAGUUCAUGUCUUCUCUAAUCUCCUUCUCCUCACAUUUUAUGCUCCCUCUUUCUUGUAGCUAACCCAGAUGCAUAGCGACAGGCAUCUAUUUUUUUUUUCUUCUCAGUUGCAUGCUAUAUUUGUCCAGAUCUCCUUUCCGCUAUUUGACAGUGAACCCAAAAGUCAACCAAUAUACUGUUUCCGGAUAUAAUUCCUCAUCGCGGGUGAUUUUGCAGCUCAUCUUCUCUCUCGCGAGGUAUGAAGAAGUGAUUGACGCCUACAUUGAUGGCCUUGAGGCCAGUGGAUUAAGUGACCUGUCCAAGGUCACGAGUGUGGCAUCCUUCUUUGUAAGCCGGGUAGAUACCCUGAUCGACAAGCUGCUCGAGAAGAUUGGGACUCCUGAAGCUCUCAACCUGCGUGGAAAGGUUUGUCUCAAUACCACCCAACACAGGACCAUACCUAAGCGGCACCGAUCCUAAUCGCCUCAUAUCGGCGCAGGCGGCGGUGGCUCAGGCAGCGCUAGCCUUCAAGCUCUACCAGAGGAAGUUCUCUGGCCCCCGGUGGGAAGCUCUCGUUAAGAAGGGCGCAAAGAAACAGAGGCUGCUGUGGGCCUCAACCAGCGUGAAGAACCCCGCCUACCCCGACACCCUUUAUGUAGACCCGCUUAUUGGCCCUGACACGGUAAAUUGACCCUCUGGCUGUCAAAAGGGAUCUUUUUUUUUUUUUUUUUUUUUUUUUUCUUCUUGUUCUUUAAGAUGGAAAGAACGAUCCCAUUUCAGGUGUCGACCAUGCCCGAUCAAGCACUGCAAGCGUUUAUCGACCACGGCACAGUCUCGCGGACCAUUGACGCAAACUUAUCAGAGGCCGAGGGCAUCUACAGCGCCCUUGAGAAGCUGGGGAUCGAUUGGAGUGAUGUUGGCAACAAGCUCGAGCUCGAGGGAGUUGACUCGUUCAAGAAGAGCUUCGACAGCCUCCUCGACAGCCUCCAGGAGAAGGGCAACUCCCUCAAGGUUAUUACCAGCCCUGCCUAA